AUGUGCAAAAUUAUAACAAAAGAAAACAUACAAACUAUAUUAAAACCAGGUAUUAGAAAACAAUUCAUAGAUAAAAAUGGCAGUAUAAUUGAAAUUUUCGGAUUCUAUAAAGAAGAAAAACUUGUUCUUCAAGGAUUUUAUGAAUUUAAAGUAAUAAAAGGAUUAGUCUCUAUAAUGUCAUCAACAUUUGACUCUUCUAAUACUUCAAAUUGGUAUCGUAUAUUUAGUCCAUUAACACAUUCGAUACCAAUAAUUUUAUCAAUAUCAUCAAAUAAAAAUACAACAGAGGGAGAUUAUUCUAUAUACUCUAAAGAGAUAACCUCUUUCAUACAAACUCUAGAUAAAUUUGUAGAAUCUAUCAUUUUUGUACGAAGUUUUAACUGUAACUUAAAGAAAAUUGAAAUUUUUUUCCCAUUUACUAAAGAUAUAUGGGGAACAAAAGAAAAAAACAUGAAAAACACUUAUAAUAUAGUUGAUAAUUACACAAAUUUCCCACUAUUAAAUAUUCCUAAGUCAUGGUCAUCUACAAUAGAUAUUAUAUAUUCUUCAAAUUUCAAUAAAGAAACAGUAAGAGUUAUAGUAUGUGGACCGAAAUCAUCUGGAAAAUCAACAUUUGGUAAAAAUUUAAUAAAUAAAUUUUUAACUCAAAAAUACAAUACACAUAAAACAAUCAAAAAAAUUAACUAUGUAGAAACAGAUCCAAAUCAACCAGAAUUUUCACCGCAUGGAUUGAUUUGUUCACAUUUUAUUGAAAAUCCUAUUAUUAAUCCACCAUUUACUCACUGUACUCUUCCAUCACUUUUAAAAGCACACUUUCUUGGAAAUACUUCACCACAAAAUAAUCCAAAGUAUUUUUUAUUGUGUAUUAAUGACAUAAUUAAUGCAUGCGAACGCAAUAUUCCCACUAUUAUUAAUACACCUGGAUGGACUAAAGGUAUAGGCUUAGAACUCUUAAGUGAGAUCAUAAAUUUAUCAAACUGUACACAUAUUAUAUAUAUUGGCUCUGAAACUAAUUUCGAAGCUUUUGAUAUUAAAUUAACUCUUCCAUCAUCCGUUAAACUUUAUACUCUUCCAUCCGUUCAGGAUUUUUUCAAUACAUGUGAAACAUUUAAAAUUAACACAUCUGAUUUGAGAAUACUAUCUAUAAUAUCAUAUUUUCAUUCGAAAAAUACAUCUGGAAGUAAUUAUAUAGAAUGGAAAUUUAAUUCAUCUCUUUUAAAUAUGAAGCCUUGGGUAGUAAAGUAUGAUGGGAGUUUAACUGGAAUUGAUGCAAUAUCUAUUUUAGAUGCUACAAUAGAACCAGACAAUUUUUAUUAUGCUAUAAAUGGAACUAUUAUGGCUUUAAUAGCAAUAGAUGUUAAAGAAAACAAAAAUAUAUGGGAAUCUCUUAUUAUUAAAUCUAAGGAUUUUUUGCCAACACUAAAUCUAGAAAAAAAUCCCAUUGACCCUAAACAUAGUCAAUGUUUAGGCCUUUGUAUUUUAAGAGGAAUAUCUAGAGAAUCUAAAGAACUUCAAAUUCUAACACCUAUUAACAUUCUUAUUUUAAAUGAAUAUUUGAACUCUAAAAAAAAACUUAUUCUAGUCCGAGGAAGCAUAGAAUUACCUACACCUCUUAUGCUUAAUUACAAAGAAGACAAUAUUGCUGAAGUCGACUGGAUUAAAACACCCUAUCUAAGUAUGGAAAAUGGAGGAAUAGGUUCAAAAACGUGGCAUCCUAGAAGAAAUAUAGAACGUACAACUAUGCGCAUGCAAAACUAA